AUGGUAGAUGAAGAAAGUGAAUACCGUCACGUAACAUUGCCGCGAGCCAUAGCUCAAUACAUUCCACAAAACAGGCUCAUGCCCGAAGAUGAAUGGCGAAGCUACGGUGUUAUCCAAUCGGAAGGAUGGGAACACUAUAUGAUUCAUGGUGAGAAAAAUUGA